UGAUGACGAUGUAGUUUUAAGGGCCUUUCUACACUAGGAAAAGGUGUUUCAAACCUCUUCAGGCGGUUAUGUCAUGGUUGUAAUUCGUGCAAUUUAGCGAGUCAUUUCAUUUCUUCCAUACCCCGCACCCUUGCUAGCAGCGGACCUAGUAUGUCGCUGGUUUUGUUUGAAAGUUCUCAAACAAACGGCCCUGGAUCAUAUAGUAAGCAAAACCUGAAUAGUACUACUACCUACAGGCCAGCCACGCCGCCGUCGGCUAAUUGAAGCAAGCAAAUGAGCUACUUACAAUGAAAUAUCGUUAAUAAAAUAUCGAACUUCAAUCGCGGAUGGUUAUUAUAGUUUUCUUGCAAAUAGGCCGUUUUGUUAACCGACCUUAAAUAUUCUCAACGCUUUUAUAAAUAAUGUAUGGCUGAAGUUAACUUUAGUUUUGAAUACAACCCAAAUGCUAUAAAAACCAAAAGCGCUAGCAUUGUUGAGCAAUACAAGGCAGGAUGGUUGUUCAUGCUAUGUUGCAACUUCCGAUGCAACAUAGUAUUAACCACAUGGUACUUCACAUAUUUUAUGUACGGUAACACGAAUCCUUCUGAUGUUACCAGAAGUGCUUCAUUCACCUUCCCACAACUCUUUGCGACGCGCGAGUGAAACCGAAGUCUGGCGAAACAAGCGCGCAAAAAGUUGUGGGAAGUAGUGAAGGUGAAUUGGUAACGUAUAAAUGAAGUUGUGGGAAGUAGUGGAGAAGGUGAAUUGGUUACGUGUAAAUGAGCAAAUAAGUGUGGCAUUUUAUUUAUUUUCAUUUAUAAGUUACCGUUGAAGCGGUCAAUGGAUUAUGAAGGUGCCAGCUUACACGAAAUAGGUGCUGUUAAUGGAGGUUAGGACUUGAUUUCUUUAUUGGAGUCAGUAUUGAAAUGAAACCGUUUUAUCAGACGUUAUAUACAUCGCGUUACCGUCUACAAUCUGUUACAAAUCUAAUGGGACACUUUCCCUCCCCCUUCCUCAAUGUUGGAGGGCAAAUGAUCGCCUUGCUACUGCUUGUGUUUUGAGCUGAAAAAUCGCCUAUAACCAAUGUUAAUCGGGGGAGAAGGGUUGGCGGUUGUUCGUAUAUGGGAAGUGUCCCACUUUUGUUGAGGAUUGUCUGAGCAAGUGAUUGACAGGUCCUGGAACAGGAAACACUAUCGUUGAUAACGCAACGACGAUACAACUAUGCAAACGUCAAACACAUACAAUUAUCGUGCCAGGAUCGCGCGUAAAAAUGGACAGAAGCUUCAGAGACGACUAUUUUUCAUUGUAAAUUCUCAUCUGUUUCUUCGUAUAAGAAAUACCGCCUAUGAAGUAUUUAUUACGUGAGAGAUUUUUACUACAAAUUUAGUCACGCAAGCUUGUCUCGGGGAGAAAGUCAAUUCAAUAAAUUCAUCUGUUUUACAAUAGUUUUGCUAAAUAUCUGACACUUUGACACACAGUUAUGCUUGAAGAGUUCAAGCAAAGUGUAUGCAAUGCUUUUUCUGUGGAGCAUUCGCUAAAAUCGACGGCUGCAGACUACGUCUUCUGUUUUUGCUUAUAUGGCUCAACGAUUAACACCAACGGCUAACCAUUUUAAAAUUGUUAAAGAAAUGCCUUACGAAAGAAAUUCGAACUCUAAAAUAAUACAGUAACAACUUGAGAUUCAAGCUCAUAAAUUGACACUAGUUUUGUUUCAAUGAGGAUUUGCAUUUUGGAGAGAGAGCUCAUGUCAGAUGGUUGACCGUCGUUUUACUAAGAUAAAAAGGAAGUUCAUUUUUAUAUAAACGGUCUACCACGGUUGACCGUUCAAAAAAGCCCUGUUAUAUAUUUCAAAUAAGCUUCAUAUACUUCAAAUAUUUCAAAUAAGCUUCAUAUACCUAAAUAGCUUUGUGAUGGUAAUAGAAUAGACGAAUGAUUGAAGAAAUCCGGCUACCAUGAGUGGGAAUAAUAUUUUCUAAAAAUGGUAGUCCGUACACGGUCCACACCCGCUUUUUUGCACCGCCAUGCUAAAUGUAUAAACACUUGUUGUGAUGUACAUUGAAAAUGAAAUGAGACGAGGCUCUCGUGUUUUCUACAACAGAUUAACCGCCUAUGUAUCGCUUUCUUUAGUCGAUUUGUUAUUUAUUGUUUAAUUGGGAAAUACUUAUUAGGCGAUGAUCUUUUUAGUCUCUAUGCCUUUAUUUAUUACCUAAAUUGGCCAUAAAAAGCGGUGUUUUCCGGAUAAAUACUCCGAGGGAUGGCUGCUUUUGCAAAUGAAGACAAUCGACACGAUAUAUAGACAGUCUCUUUGGCAACAUCAAAUAAAUUUUAUAUUUUACAAAAUUAUAGUCUGCAAAUAUCCUAGCGCACCUUCAUUUAUUUCAAAUUAAUUGAAUAAAAUAUUCCAAAUAGCGCAUAGAUAUCCCAAAAGUAUUUGCUGGGGACGUCAAAAUCUUUACUUCAAGCUCGAAUAAUUAAUAGAUUGAAAAACUUUCAUUAGGGUAUGCGAAUAAAGAGAAUACAUUUUAAGAAAUCGAUGAUAAGCGUGACAAAUUCCAAUCAUUCCACUUCUGAGACAAGGAUUGUAGCACUAUCAGGAUUUUAGCACUAUCAUUGCCAAAUCGAUAUCUCAACGAACUUAUAACAAACAGGUUGUCCCACCAUCAUAUGUUACCCAAUGCAUUAGGUCCUUUGAGGCCCAGCAGGGAGACUGUAUUUCGAGUGGCUUCGUUUAAGACGUUCUUCUUUUGCUAACCCAACAAGCAAUCCCGUUGCAUUGGACUUCGAAGAAUUAUAGUAAAAGACGUAGCCAUGUCUUGUGUCUCCUUGGGCACACAAGCAAAAGGGGCGCCUCAUUGUAUAAUAGGCAAGUUUGUCUUGGCAGCCGAUCACUGUCACAAAUCAUGAGUUUGGUAAAAAAAAAGGUCGGCUGGAGCUUUGAUGUAUGAGGUUAUUAUCGCGUCUCUGUGCUCGGCUCUCUAAACAAAAGGGUUUAUUUUUGUUCUACCCCUCCUAAAAUUUCUUGAGUACAUCCUUUGUUAUCGUGAAAUAAGUCGUCAGUGCGUAAUUUGAUAUAAGGUUCUUGAUCGCUGUCACAAAUCAUGAGUUUGGUAAAAAGGUAAACGGUCGGUUGGUUCCAAAAGGAGGUUUGAUGUAUGAGGUUUUUUAUAGCAUCGUCACGUCUCUGCUCAGCUCUUAAAGCGUUCAUUUUUGUUCCACCCCUGCUUAAAUUUCUUGAGUACAUCCUUUGUUGUUGUGAAAUAAGUCGUCAGUGCGUAAAUUGGUAUCAGGUUCUCAAUCGGUGUAUGUACGAGCAGUCAAUCCCCGUGGAGAGUGGCAUACGAGGGAUUACUAACCAAUCGCAAAAGCUUAUAACCGCACCUGUGUCAAAAGCAAGUUGGGCGACAUAAAAUCAAGUCCCUAACAAACAGCGCCAGCAUUGUUAGGGAAUGCCUUGAUCUUUGCGCACUGUAUUGGAUGAUGCUACAAGCCACCAACAUUUCAUUUGUGCUGUGGUCAACGAACUAGCCUGGGGUAAAUUGUUUGAACAGUGCUAGCGCUUUAUGCGCGCAGGGAUUUUGGUAUAUGCCAAUGAGGAAAUUCUUUCCACGGUAGUAAUAGUCACUUGCCGUAGUAAGAAUGUAAACUUUGAAUGCCAUGUAAUUAUAUAAACGAAUAAAAAUGUAACUAAUCAGUUAGUAUAGCCAGACGAGCAUGACACACAUGGGUGGUCAUCCUACGUGUCGCUCUUAGUGACCGCGCCUCUCUAGGCCCCACGAGUGUCUGCCUACUCCACAGAGCGGCAAAACGAAUUAGCCAUUGUCUGUACAUGGCCAAUCACGAUCGAGCGAUUGUUUGCUAACAACCAAUCAAAACCUAUGUUUAAACGCCGCACCCUGUGUUCCCGCCAAAACAAAACCUUCGAAAGUGUUUCGAUUUUUCCUUUGCAAAUGUUGCAAUAAAAUGUCCCAGAAAUAAAUAUAAAUGGCAGAAACUCUAAAGAAAACUGUCGAAGCAGACAAUUCUUCAUUUGUAGCAGUUUAACGACAGUGUCUGCUGGUAAAGUAAAUGUUUUGGAGAAAAGCUCUCUAGAUCUAGUCGAACAGCCAAGGUCAAUUUUCCAGGUUUGGAAUGUGAACUCUGACUUGCUAAUUCCUUUUACCGCUCGGUCCUGCUAACCUGCGCUGGAAAACAGGUUGUUGUGAUCGGGGAGGGCACGUUGCCAACACUUGGUAAAAUGUUAAGUGAUAAUAACUGCGCCUGGCUUAAUUUGUAUUGUCAGUGUUUUUUCUGAUUCUUUUUCUCAAGGGGGAGGGGGAUCGGUACAUAGCUUUUUAUCCCCCUCUCGCUUCCAAUACACAGCUCAUGUAAACCCGAGUUGGACGCAUAAACAUUGAUUUAUAUGAGCGCUAACUUGACCAGACAUUUGAUCCAUGUAUGUUUUGGUUUGUAAAACGGAACAUGCAGUACGACAUUUAAACCAAGAUCCAAAAGACGUGCUGAAAGGCUAGACUUUUAUUACAUCUGCCUUAAGGGGAUAACAACAAAGUAUACCAACUAUCUUGAUCCUUUUGACCGAUCACAAUGCGGUUUCCGUGUCUUACCAGGUGACAACUGAAGUGCAGACAAUGUAUUUUCUACACUUGAUAAAACGUUUGUUUCAAUGCCUUUUACCUUCGAUAUUUUGUUGCCAUAUUCUUACAAUUCUUUAGUCAUUCUUUCAAUGACUUUUAACACUAGACAAUGACACAAGAAUAAGGGCCUUUUUUCAUUUUAGGGGAAGGGCACCAAAUUAUUUCCUGAUUGUACAGGAACUCUAGAACCCCAUCACAAGGCAAACCAACAUCUCGGGCGACUAGUUUCAGGUCGCCACUAGAAACGGUUACGUUACCACCAUGUGUAUUCUUCUAUUAUCAGUACAAUUUAGGGCAGUUAACAAAGCGAGGAACGUUAUCAAUAAGGCUGUUAGCCACGUGUCAACUUAAAAACCUUUUUAUCGCCCAGUAGCAGCAGCAGCAUAUUGUACUUUGCUCAACCUGAACCGAAAACCAUUCUUGCUUGCAUUUGUAGACUGGCCUCUUCUCAGAUUUAAUUAGCCUCGUAACGUUACCAUUGGCGCACUUUUAUACAAAAAUAUGACACCUUAAAUCUGAUAAUAAGGACUUUUGGUAUGUCUUUUGCACAUUUAACUUUUAUAGUCGCUGAUGCUGCCUUUUGAAACCUUUAACUCUACAGCUUCAGACAGGCAAGUCUCUCCACAACAAACGUUCUUGAAACCCUGUUGUUCGACAACGCGUGUUCUUCUGCUUGUAAUAAUGUGUUAUUCGUUCCAAUUAUUUUAUAUGCUUUUCCUGCCUCAGAUGUAUUUCCGCCUUUUCUUGGUUUUGAGAGAGCGAUUUCUUGGAAAAUUGACGCCCCACUUUGUACCCGUCAUGUUUCAAGGAUUUUUAAAUGAAAAAGCGGAUUGUCUUACAUUAUCGUUAACAUCGCGGGGUUAGAUUCUGGAGUUAACAGUAGCAGAGUGGCAGCCCCUGCUUAACAGCAACAUCCAGACAACAGGAUCGACAACCCGAUGACAUUGUCAACAUCCAGACAACAGGACCGACAACCCGAUGACAUUGUCAACAUCCAGACAACAGGAUCGACAACCCGAUGACAUUGUCAACAUCCAGACAACAGGACCGACAACCCGAUGACAUUGUCAACAUCCAGACAACAGGAUCGACAACCCGAUGACAUAUUGUCAACAUCCAGACAACAGGAUCGACAACCCGAUGACAUUGUCAACAUCCAGACAACAGGACCGACAACCCGAUGACAUUGUCAACAUCCAGACAACAGGAUCGACAACCCGAUGACAUAUUGUCAACAUUCAGACAACAGGAUCGACAACCCGAUGACAUAUUGUCAACAUCCAGACAACAGGACCGACAACCCGAUGACAUAUUGUCAACAUCCAGACAACAGGAUCGACAACCCGAUGACAUAUUGUCAACAUCCAGACAACAGGAUCGACAACCCGAUGACAUAUUGUCAACAUCCAGACAACAGGAUCGACAACCCGAUGACAUAUUGUCAACAUCCAGACAACAGGAUCGACAACCCGAUGACAUUGUCAACAUCCAGACAACAGGACCGACAACCCGAUGACAUUGUCAACAUCCAGACAACAGGAUCGACAACCCGAUGACAUAUUGUCAACAUCCAGACAACAGGAUCGACAACCCGAUGACAUAUUGUCAACAUCCAGACAACAGGACCGACAACCCGAUGACAUAUUGUCAACAUCCAGACAACAGGACCGACAACCCGAUGACAUAUUGUCAACAUCCAGACAACAGGACCGACAACCCGAUGACAUAUUGUCAACAUCCAGACAACAGGACCGACAACCCGAUGACAUAUUGUCAACAUCCAGACAACAGGAUCGACAACCCGAUGACAUAUUGUCAACAUUCAGACAACAGGAUCGACAACCCGAUGACAUAUUGUCAACAUUCAGACGACAGGAUCGACAACCCGAUGACAUAUUGUCAACAUCCAGACAACAGGAUCGACAACCCGAUGACAUAUUGUCAACAUUCAGACAACAGGACCGACAACCCGAUGACAUAUUGUCAACAUCCAGACAACAGGACCGACAACCCGAUGACAUAUUGUCAACAUCCAGACAACAGGACCGACAACCCGAUGACAUAUUGUCAACAUCCAGACAACAGGACCGACAACCCGAUGACAUAUUGUCAACAUCCAGACAACAGGAUCGACACCCGAUGACAUAUUGUCAACAUCCAGACAACAGGAUCGACAACCCGAUGACAUAUUGUCAACAUCCAGACAACAGGAUCGACAACCCGAUGACAUAUUGUCAACAUCCAGACAACAGGACCGACAACCCGAUGACAUAUUGUCAACAUCCAGACAACAGGACCGACAACCCGAUGACAUAUUGUCAACAUCCAGACAACAGGACUGACAACCCGAUGACAUAUUGUCAACAUCCAGACAACAGGAUCGACAACCCGAUGACAUAUUGUCAACAUCCAGACAACAGGAUCGACAACCCGAUGACAUAUUGUCAACAUCCAGACAACAGGACCGACAACCCGAUGACAUAUUGUCAACAUUCAGACAAUAUAGCCAAUAUCACUUAGGAUGGCUAUCUUACAGAAUGCACGUGAGAAGACCUCUUUUUUAAAGAAAUGAUAUGACAAGGGCGACAUGACUGAUCUUUCUGGUUCGAUAACUUUCCUUUACUACAUCUCUAUUCACCCAAGUCCAACUUUGAGACACAAGAUUGAUGCGCAGCUUCGCCUUGUACUCCUACAUACGGACCUGUAACAACGGCCGUCAAUGAGUCCUUUGUAUACGAUUCAUAGGUAGUCCCUUCCGUAGCAUAUGUACCACUGAAUGCUCCUCCAGAGGUAGAAUGGGUAUCGUUGGAAGACUGGACAGGAGCAUUCGCUGCAUAAGAAGUGUCUGUCUCGGGAGCAAUUUCUAUGUGAAUUUUGCCUGACUCGACCCUAGUUGAAUUGGGUGCAGCGUCAGUAUCUAUUGAUUCGUUUGCAGCGUUCAGAGUACCGAUAGCAGAGUAGAAGGCAGCAGUACUGCUAUCAGUUGAUGUUACUGCUGCAGUUGAGUUCUCUGCCGAAGUAGUAGUAGUAGUGUCACUGGUUGGGGCAGUAAUGGUUGAACCAUGAAGGGCUUCCAUUCUUUUAAGAGCCUCGUCUAGACGUGUGCAGUCUUCGUAGGCAUUUUCCACAGCUUUGAUCUGCAAAACAAGUUAAAAGAAUAAAUAGAUUAUUAAGACUA